UUAGCAAAGUAAAUGCCAUGGCGACAGCAAGCGACAGGAGAUCUGAGGCGGAUGCUCAGGCCAAGGGUCUUCAAGAGCACAUCGGUGUCGUGGAGGACAAUUUCUCUUCUCUACUUCAGAAUUUUGCUGCAAUUUCUCGCAAAUGCGGAAAGCUGCGAGACAAAGGCGACCUGCUUGUGAAAUCUAUGAGGGAAUACUCGGAGCUAGAAACUCCUAGUGUCAAAUCGUCGUUGGGUGCAUGCGCAGAAUGUUUUGCUGGUCUAGAAGACUAUAGGGAAGCAAUGGUUGCAAGGCUAGAGGCCAAAGUUAUUCAACCAUUAACUGAUUAUGGCAAUAUUACAAAGAAGGCCAGAGAAGAGCUGAGAGCAAGACGGACAGCACUUGAAAAAGAACUUGGAAAACAGAGGAAUUUGGAUAAAAUCACUGUGAGAGACCCUGCUGAUGCAUCAAAGAGACAUCGAGUAUGUGGUGAUGCAAGACAGGAAGUGAGUCAAGCCCAAAUUCAAUCGAACAGAGCACAAAAGGCGUUUGAGGAUCAUAUGAUUACCUUCGAAACGAAAAAAAUCAGAGAUCUGAAAAGUGUUUUAGGAGAAUAUGUUCAAGCACAGAUGAUGUUCCAUGCCAAAGCUCUAGAACUACUGACAGUUGCAUUUCAACAAGUGCAGUCAAUUGACGAGGAAGGAGACUUGCAGUAUUUCAAAAACAAGUUGCAGUUAAUGGAAGAUGAUGACCUACAGUCCCACCGCUCAAGACGAUCAACAGCUCAGUCUGACAGUGGUGAACAGGAAGAUGUGGACAAUGUAGAGGAUAUGUAGUCAUGCUAGGUAUAGGCU